AUGCCGAUAAAGUCCCUCAGGGAAGUGGAGCAGGCAGGUCUGUCAGACUUGGAGAUCAUCUCCCAGCCAGUGGAGGAUGAGAACCAGUGCCUGGCUCCUCCAGUCCAGCUGGUGAGUUUUGGCUACAGAGAUCUGCCCCUCGCAGCUCUGGACCUCUCUCUGGCUGGCUCGCAGCUCCUCUCCAAUGCGGAUGAAGAUGAAAACAGGGAUGGGUCCAACUGGCUGAAGCCCUGCUGUGGCCGUCGAGUGGCCCUGUGGCAGGUCUGUCUGCUCAGUGCUGGUUUCAACUGUAUCCUGGUGGCCUGUGUCAUCCUGGUGGUGCUUUUCCUGUCUUUGGAGCUGCUCAUAGACACCAAACUCCUACAAUUUUCCAAUGCUUUUCAAUUUGCCAGCAUUAUCCACUGGAUCAGCCUUAUUAUCCUGUCUCUCUUCUUUUCAGAGACAGUCUUCAGAAUCGUAGUGCUUGGGAUCUGGGACUACAUAGAGAACAAAGUUGAGGUGUUUGAUGGUGCUGUCAUCGUGCUGUCCCUGGCCCCCAUGGUGGCCUCCACGGUGGCCAACGGGCCCAGCAGCCCCUGGGAUGCCAUCAGCCUCAUCAUCACUCUACGCAUCUGGAGGGUCAAGAGGAUCAUUGAUGCUUAUGUGCUACAAGUCAAAGUUGAGAUGGAACUGGAGAUCCAGCAGUGUGAGAAGACCAAGGCUGUGAGAGAGGAGCAGCUUGAGCGUCUCACUCAGAUCUGCCAGGAACAGGCUUUUGAGAUCCGGCAGCUGAGAGCCCAUCUGGCCCAGCAGGACCUGGACCUUGCUGCAGAACGUGAAGCAGCCAUGCAGAUCCACCACGUAUGGGGCAAACAGGGCAGGAGUUUUCAGGUUGUAGAAGGCUUGACUCCUGGGGAGUCUGAUGAUGAGGGUGGCCAGAGAAACCCCAGGGAGCCUCACGCCACUGCAGAUCCAGUUGUACAUGAUGACAUGAACAACUACAUCAGCCAAUACUACAGUGAAGCAAGCAGUGAUGCUGGAGCUUCUGGCUUAGGUGCCCGGAUAAUCACCACUGCAGCCAUUGACGUUCACCUCCCCACCAAUCCACAUCCCAUCCAGUCAAAUCCGAUGCUUGCUAUGGAGCGGGUGGGCAGCGCCGUAAGUGAUGCCUCAACCAGCAUAUCACGGUCCAGUGGCAGCCUUACGGCCCGCCCCCACAGCCUGAGUAGCCACACUCCGGGUUCAUCUAUGACAGACUGCAGCAGCAGCACAGCUCAGGACCUCAGUCUGAGCUACAGCUCGCACCGCUGCUGCCCCCCUACCUUCUCAGGCCAGGACCCAUGUAGGGACCCCAGCAUGGUGGUACAGGAGCUACUCUCCUCGCUCUCUGAGGACUCCUGCCUUGCUCAAAAGGGCCUGGCAGUAGACCCUGUCAACCUUAAGCUUCCCAGCCCUACUGGCUCAGAAAAGGCCAGCCCUGAGCUUGACAAGAGAAUAAACAUCUUCAACCGCAGGAACCAAGAGGAGAGGCGAGUCCGGGGAAGGGGUUGUGUGCUGUUGCAGACCAAGCCACUGAUCCACCUGCAGGGCAGCGCCACUGAGCCGUCCCUGGAGGACAAGUACCGGCUCCUGGGACCAGCUGACACACCUCUGGGGCGCAUGCCUGAUACAUAAGCUACAUAUACAUAGACACAAAAGACUUUUCUCUUUUUACUGCCAUCCUGUUUGGCAUAUAUCUGAACUCAUGUGGCAGGUCAAUCUCAUGAGGGGGACCACGUGAUUUAAAAAUUGGAUUUUUCUGUCGCUGUGUAAAUCCAAUCUUAGCCAAUCGAGAGCAAGCUUGAGCCUUAGCUUCCAGCUAACACUGAUGCGUUCAGAAGUCAAUAGUAGACAUGACAAUAAGAACUCUUAGGCCCUUUGCCAUACUGUCCAAGUUCCCCUUUUCGUCACUGAUGGAUUUUUGAAAUUUGAAAUGCCCAGAUAUAGCACAACAAAGACUAUAACAUCCCACUAAAGGGGCGUCUAAUGUGUUCUUGGACACAUUCUUCAUCAGGAAUUCUCACUUUGAAUAGGUCCUUAAUGCACUGAACGUUACAUGAGUUAAAACCAGCAAUGGGCCAUUCAAGCCUAUACUGAACAAAAACUUUAAUUCUGAUCAGUGUUGCAAACCAAGACACUGUUCUGUGUUCUCUGAAUUUCAAGCAGUUAAAAGGAGUGUUUUCUAAUGCAUUUUCUUGUUAUUUUGUUUCUUUUAAUUUGUAUGAUCAACUUUAAACAUCAUUCUGUUCUUUGUUCAAACAGCCACAGGGUUCAUAAGACUGGCUUAACUAUACAAACAGCCAAUUUUUUUUACCUUUGCCUUUCUGUCACCUAUUUGUUUGUAUUUGAAACCAUGGACCAUCAUACAAUUUAUUGAAUAGCAUUUUUGUUUUACUUGUUGAAAAAAAAAUAUUAGUAGGGUAUAUUUGUGUGGAUGAAAUUAAAAGGUAAGUGACUGGAUUCUUCACAUGAGACUAGAUUGGAGAGCUUGUAGCAUGAACCUUUAAAAGAUAUGUGCCCUAAAUGGCAAGCAAAUUCUUUGCACUUUAAUGUUUACAGACACUUUUGUAAACUUGAUAUGGAGGAAGUUAUUGCCAAAUGCAGUUGUUGUCAUUUGAAUGGA